CGGCUAUCCCUCCUCCUCCUCCGCCACCAUCGCCUCUCGGCGUUCUCGAAGUUCCGACGCCGGUUGCCCUCCCUGCUCGUUGCCCUAGCCCGGAUUCCUGAUUUCUAUCUCGAGCUCUCUUUCCAUUUUGAGAGCUCGAUUAUCCCUUUCCUCUCCCGCGCUGCUCCUAGUGACACUUACCGUAUUUGGAAGCGCGGCGGUGACCUUCGUGCUGAUACGACUCUCGCUGGUUUUGAUGGACUGCGAGUUCGCCGUGCCGAUCAGAGUUUUAUAUUUUGUUCGAAUUCGAAGUCUUUGUUGGUACUGAAUAGAGGGAAGAGGGAGAUUAGAGAUGCUUUCGAGGGGCUAGAUUGCUUGGAUGAGGAUGAAAUGGAUGAGAGAGAGUUGAUCGAGGAUGCUAGCGCUUAUAGGCCAGGGUUGGAUAUUACAGAAGCCGAAUUGGUGAAGGUGAUGAAUUGGAGGAGGAAGGAGAGGGUGGAAAUGGUGGGAGAUUGGAAGGCUAGGGUUUAUGAAAUGCACAAUGUUGUGUUCAGUUUUAAGACGUUGAAGGCUGCGGAAAUGGAAGAGGAGAAUCUCGUCGAGUUGGAAUUGGAUGAAGAUGCAGAAGAAGGGUACAUUGUGGCUGAGAUACCGAGCUUGCCAGCGAGGCAUAGUUGCUAUGAAAGAGGAAGAGAGGAGGUGGGGUUUGAAAAUGUAGUUAGGAGGAGGAGUUUGGAUGUGGGGCCCAUUACGCCGAUGAGGAGAGAGGAGAGGAGGUUGGAGAGUGUAGGGGUAAAGAGGAAGGAGAAGGAGAUGGUGAAGAACUUGAGACCAACCGUUUGGUUGACAGAGGAUUUUCCAUUGAAGACGGAGGAGCUUUUGCCGAUGUUUGAUAUACUUUCAAAUAAGGUGAAGGCAGUGAGGAGGCUAAGGGAGUUGCUCACUUCAAAGUUCCCACCGGGCACUUUUCCGGUGAAGCUUUCUAUUCCCAUUGUACCUACUGUUAGAGUUGUGGUAACUUUUACUAAGUUCAUUGAUCUCCAACCGGCAGAACAGUUCUUCACUCCUCUUUCAAGCCCAAGACAUUUAUCUAUCCCUGAAGAAGAAGACCAUAGAAAAGCAGAGAAUGGAGCCAAUAAAAACUCCUGGCUUAAGUGGGGAAGCAAUCCGACAAAAUCCUCAAUUUCCCGGUCAAAAUCCAUAAGCCCUUCUCAGGUGAUCAACCAUGUAGACCCAUUCUCUAUUCCAGGAGAUUACGCUUGGAUCAGUAUCAAGGAUAAGAGUCAGAGGACGAAGAAAUCCAAGUCGAGAAAGGAAAAACAGAAACAGAAUGGGUGAGUGUAAUUUAGUUAAUUAGUUUGGUAUUCUCAUUGAUAAUGCUGAUUGAAGAAUUCCUUCAAUAGUAGCGAGAUUCGUAUUACUAUUAUAUCAUCUUUGAUAGAAGUAACACCUAUAGCUUGUUAUUCUGAGCUCC